AUGGCAAGUACAGAAGAAUCAAACACAAAUGAAACAACUUCUUCUCGACGAAUAAUUAGUUUUUGUGAAAGAAUUGUUAAUACAUUUCGAUUAAAUUUGAAUGGAAUAGGAGAUUUGAAAAAAAGAUCGUUGGGUCGUUUAGAUUUUACCAAUACUUCCAAACUUGACGUCAAACUUCCAUUCAAUAAACAUUUUUCGAAAUCUAUUCCAAAGCUUUAUCUAUUAACUUCACUUAAUGUUCAGUUGACUACUGAUUAUACCAAUCAAUCUGAUCUUCGAGUUUUACUGGAACAAGCACCGAAUCUACAUACAUUGAGCGUCCUUUGUCCUACAAAAACAACUUUAAAGUAUUUCUUAGCUGUCAUCAACAAUCCAUCAAUUCUCAAACUUAAUUUGCCAAAAGCUGUUUCACUUACUGAUGCGCAAGAAGGAAAUUCUUGUGCUUUAUUACAAUAUCAUACUCAAGUUGAUGAUACUUCACUGAAAUAUCAUUUAGAAACAAGUGAUAAAAAUGCAAUAUAUAUCUACAAAAUAAUACAAAGUGAAUUAAUUUCGAUCAUUGAUAAUCUAAUUUUACGGCUGAUAAUUGAAGAAGUCAAACAAGCAGAGUCUUUGACAGCCAUAUUAGAUGAAACAGUUAAUAUAGCCAGUGUUGAACAAACUAGUCUUUGUGUUCGAUAUGCUUUAAAAGAUCAAAGUCAUGAAACGUUUUUUAUGUAUAUCUCGGUGAAGAAUCGAACUGGUCCAAGAUUAGGUAAAUUGAUUAUUAAAUCGAUUAUUGAUUUAGAUAUGAAUUACUGUGCUGGUCAAGGUUACGAUGGAUGCAGCGCAAUGUCAGGUAAAAACCCUCUUUAUUACUCUGAUUUUCAAUGA